CGGAAGCGCCAACAGAGCAAGGGAAUGAGGAAGUGCGUGCGACGUGUGCGGUUGGAGCCGGCUUGCAGGAGAAGAGUUUGUUUUGGUGGGAGGCUGGUGUUCGAAACGGCCUGCUGACCCCUCCCCCCCCCGCCGUAGUCUGGCCCUCCCUCUUCCCAGGCUCCCUUCCCCUGUUUCACCUGCCCGCUCUUCCCCGCGUCCUUUCUCCCCCACUCCCCUCGGCGAUGGCUUCCUCGGCGCCUUCGGGUUCCAACUGGGGUCUGAUCAUGAACAUUGUGAACAGCAUCGUCGGGGUUAGCGUGCUGACGAUGCCCUUCUGUUUCCGACAGUGUGGCAUCUUUCUGGGAGCCCUACUGCUUAUUUUCUGCUCCUGGAUGACUCAUCAAUCCUGUAUGUUCCUAGUGAAAUCAGCCAAUCUCAGCAAACGCAGGACCUAUCCUGGACUAGCCUUCCACGCCUAUGGAAAAUCUGGUAAAAUGCUUGUGGAAACCAGUAUGAUUGGACUGAUGCUGGGGACCUGCAUAGCUUUCUAUGUUGUUAUUGGAGACUUAGGAUCAAACUUCUUUGCUCGAUCACUUGGACUCCAGGUGAGCGGCUUAUUCCGGAUCCUCAUGCUUUUUUUCAUCUCUCUCUGCAUUGUGCUCCCGCUGAGUCUCCAGAGAAACAUGAUGGCUUCCAUACAGUCCUUCAGUGCAAUGGCUCUGAUUUUCUAUACAGUGUUUAUGUUUGUGAUCGUGCUCUCUGCUUUCAAACAUGGCCUCUUUGACGGGCAGUGGCUGCAGCGGGUCAGUUAUGCACGCUGGGAGGGCAUUUUUCGCUGCAUUCCUAUCUUUGGCAUGUCGUUUGCCUGUCAGUCCCAGGUCUUUCCAACUUACGAUAGUUUGGAUGAGCCGUCAGUUAAAAUAAUGAGCUCCAUUUUUGCUGCCUCGCUAAAGGUGGUCACUGCCUUUUAUGUUAUGGUUGGGUUCUUUGGCUAUGUGAGUUACACUGAAGCCAUUGAAGGCAAUGUACUUAUAAACUUCCCUUCCAACGUAGUGACAGAGAUGAUACGUGUAGGAUUCAUGAUGUCUGUUGCAGUUGGAUUCCCAAUGAUGAUUUUGCCAUGCCGGCAGGCUUUGAAUACGCUUCUUUUUGAGCAGCAGCAAAAGGAUGGAACAUUUGCUGCAGGAGGUUAUAUGCCACCUCUCCGAUUUAAAGCUCUGACUCUGGCAAUUGUGUUUGGGACUAUGGUUGGUGGCAUCAUGAUCCCAAAUGUGGAAACCAUCUUGGGCCUAACAGGUGCAACGAUGGGAAGUCUCAUCUGUUUUAUCUGCCCAGCUCUUAUUUACAAGAAAACCCACAAGAAUGCCCUUUGCUCACAGAUUAUACUAUGGAUUGGUUUGGGAGUGUUAAUUAUCAGCACCUACACAACUUUAUCAGCAACUCAAGAGACUCCAGCAAAAGUGGAAGCCGUGGAACCAGACAGUGUGCCGAGAGAAAUAAAUAAGGAAAUAAAUAAGGACUCCGCUAAAAUUUCAGAUCAAGACCCUGCAGUUGAAGAAGUGGCUGAUAACCGUGACAGGCCCAAAUUGGCAAAUGAGAAAGAAGAGGUGGAACAGCCACAGAUCAAAGUGCCCAUGGAUAUGCCUAAGAGAGAAGACAAGGAGAAGCCAAAGGAGGAGGUACAACUGGACCGGCCUGAUCAAGGCAUUGCACAACCUGUGGGAGAAGCCCAUCGCCAUGAGCCACCAGUACCCCGCGAUGGGGUAGCAGUGGACGAGGGUCAGGACCGGGAGGAAUCUGAACAGAACCGGCCACCGGAAGACAAGGAUGUCCUGGUGGAGAACAAUGCUGUGGUGGAGAAGGAAGAACAUAAAAUAGUUCCUAAACAAGCCGAUGAAGAGAAUGGACAGAAAAAGCUGGAAGACCAGCCCGUAAAAGACCCCAAGCCAGCGCCAGAGGGGGCUGCACACAAGGACGAUCAGUCUCCUCACAGAGAUGAUGAUAAAAAAGAGGUAGUUUCUUCAGAGAAGUUUGGUCCAGCCCAAACAGAGCAGAGAGAGCUUCGUAAUGCAGAAGAGAAGUCCGAGAACAAGCUUGAGGGAGAUGAGGAGAAGCAGCUAGACCAUGCCGUCCUGUUGCAAGUGAUAAAGGAACAGCAGGUUCAGCAAAAGCAACUCUUAGAUCAGCAGGCAAAAUUGUUAGCAGUGAUUGAGGAGCAACACAAAGAGAUCCACCAGCAAAGGCAAGAGGACGGAAGCGAGGAAAAGCCAAAGCAAGUAGAAAUCCAGCCAGAACAUGGCCUGUCUUUGACCAAGAGUAAAGAGAGAGAUCACCUUGACAACAAAAUUGAAAAUGCUCCAAAGAAUAUACCAAGCGAUAACCUGGGUCAUCUGCCUGAGAAACAGCCCCCAAAUCCUGAUGAAAUUAAAAGACAGCAGGACACUAGUCCAGGAGAUUUAAAGCCUAUACAAAACAAAUUAACUGAAAUUCCUGCUAAAAAUCUGAUGGCUCAAAUAAACGAUGAUGAGAAAAUUGUACAACACCAAGCUAAUGCAAACCACAAAGAGGAGUUGGAGCCAAUCAAGAGUGAUUCACAGAUAGCUAGGCCUGAUGGACCCCACCAGGAGAAGCAAGCCAAGGCUGAAGAUUUGAAAGGGCAGGAGAUUCAAGUGGCAGACAAUGUUGAGAAAAGAAAGGAGGUUGUGAAAAGGGCUGAAAGCCAAAGAGACAUUCCAGAGGCACCCAACAUCCAUGGUGCUGAGGGAAAAAUUCCUCAUAGAGCUUCUGACAGUGAGUCCCUUGACAAGGAGGUCAAAAAAGACUUCCACGAUCCAGACAUUCCACUUAAACCAAAGAUUGCUGAUAACAUACCAGGGAAAUUGGAGGUCCAAGAAACUGUGAAAGGUAAGGAAAGACAGAGCUUACCUUUGGACCAGGUUGACAGUUUACAGGGCCAGAGGGCCAAGAUUAAAGAGAGGAUGGCCACUGGAGCACAUCAUCCACAGCUGAGUAAUGCCAACGAUCAAGGGCAUGAUUCAAAGAGAGAGCAAAAGAUUCCAGAGAUCUUGCAUGAAGCUGACAGUGACCAUAUCUUACAGGCAGACGUAGUUAAGCCUGAGUCCAGGGAUUAUGAAAAGGCCAAACCCAACAGAGACCUCAAGCUUCAAGCGGACCUGGACCUACGCCGCAAAAGGCGAGAUCUGGAAGAAGAGGUGGGAGGUGUAAUAUUUGGACUUAACCCCGUCCCGGAUGUGAAAGUCAAUGACCUCCGUAGCGCAUUAGACACUAGGUUCAAUCAGGCAGCAGAAGGUGCCCAGCAAGCCCUUCACAGCCGACAGAUUAAACAGAUACCAGCGGGAGAAGAAGAGGCGUGAAAGUCUCUGCACUCUGAAGAAAUGUGGGAACCCACCAGCUGCUUAAAGGUGUUUGUUACACGGCUAACUGUCAAUGGUAUAUAACCGUUGGCAGCCCAGAUCAACUGGCUCAAUCUGAACUGAGCCCCUGUGACUGAGCAUUGUUCGCUCUGGAGGAAAGAGGAAUUUCCAUGCUGCCAGCCAAUUUCAUUUUUCAAAAUGGUCUCUCUUCACUCUGCUGGUAGCUUUUGUGCAAAACCCAAUUUUAUCUAUUUUCUGGGUUCUGAAAAUGCUUUACGCUCACCAUCUUUCCAAAGAAGCAUGUAUAUUUUUAUUCCUGCUUUUAAAUUGUUUAAUUUCUGUGUCUAGGAUUAGUCUGUUAUCUGUUAUUUUACCUCGCUAGAAAAUCCCUUUAUGGGGUAUGUGGACGUUACCCUCCCUUAAUGUUUGGAUUUUUGUGUUCUGCCGCCAUUUGCUAAAUGGGUUGAUUUGGCUUUUGGAAAUGGUUGCAAGAAGAUGAAAGAAGUUCUGUAAAUGUUUGAAAGCUAAGCUUCUCUUCAAAGAUAAAUUCUUAGGAAUGUGAACUUGAUUGCUAGCAAGUACACUUUUACAGCAACUUAUGAACUGCUCUGAUCUUCUUCAACCAGGUCCAGUAUUAGCAAUAAUAAAAGUAACCUUUUUUCAUUUUUGGUUUUCAAAAUAUAGGUCUAGGUUUUAAAAAAAACAUACCCGUCUUAAGGGCAUUAUGGAACUAUAUUGUGCAUAAAAGCCUUGCAAGAUGCUAGUUUAAAUGAAAUUAUUUCAAGGGAGCACUAUCAAAGUAGGCCAUCUACCUCUUUCGUCCAUUUUAUGAGUCCAUAUAGAAUAACUUAAAGCUUGUCCUCCUAUAUCCCUUCCAUUUUUUCAAGAGACCCUAAUGUGUGAGAUAUGUUAGUCCCGUCUUAAGAGUUGGCAAGCUUCAACAUUUGAACACAAUUAAUUUGUUCUAGGUGUCCUUAACAAUCCCAAGGAUUGUGUUAACAAAUGAUACAGCUAAUUUAAGCUUGACAUAUGAUUGUCCAAAGAUAUCUGGAAUUUGGCUAUAAAUAGUGAACUAACAAAGUCAGUUAUCGGUUUAUGUUCAUAGAACAAGAGGGGGAAAAUAAGGCGGAUGUUGCUUCUGGAGCGUAGCUUGGCCUGCAACGUGGAAUUGAGAUUGAGGGGAGGGGGGUGCAAUGCCAUUGUUAUAUCUUGCCUGUGAAGUAUAUUUGCUGUAUUUCCAUUCAGGGAGACAGAGAAAUGUGGCUGGUACCACUUGACUAUUGCAAGGGGCAUUUUUCCUUGUUACAAACAUUAUUGUUCUAACUUUUCCUCAGGCAUUUCAUUGGUCCUGUUUGACCAUCAUAUUAAACUGUGAUUUUAGGUGAUUGUAAUAAGCUACAAAGGGCCUUCAUCUUACCUAUAAUCCCCCUCCUAAGCCUCCAUCACCAAAGGCUACAUGGUGUUUGGAAACUUGAGCUUCUGUUUGGUCAAUUAGUUUUCAAAAUAAAUUAUGGUCUUUGUAUCAAACUAUGGCUAGCGCUGUCAUGGCUCAAUGGAAACUAGAGAUUUCAAACUCCUUGCAAGCCAUAUUUAAGAAUAAUAUUUGUGUGGUAGAUUUAUUGUCACCACAUUAAACCAAGAAUAGCCAAACUGAUAGUUUUAGUCAUUCUAGACUACAAAACCCAUAAACUCAAUCAGCAUGACCAGUGAUUACAGGUAUUAUAGUCCCCCAAAAACCUGCAAGACAUCAGCUUGUUUUCUGCUGGGUUUAAUUGUGGCUGAGAGCAACAUUUCCUAACCUAAAAUCCCCAGAUGUUUUGCUAUUCUCUGAGUUUGCUGGGCAUCUUGGAAUUAAAGAGACUGGGGGUAGGGUGGGGGUUGUUGUUGUUGGGCAAGGAUAGAUUUAGUAUGAUAUUCCACAUGACCAUUGAACAGUGCUGCCCAAAGCACAAUUAGAUUGUGGUUGGAUCGCUGUUACUCCAGUAUGUAAAUAUGAUUGUUUUUUUUGUAAAUAUCAGCCGAAUUGCUUUAAUGCAAAGGGCUAUGGACGCCCUGUCAUGGUUUCUCUGGCCACAGUGUGACCGUCUGCUAUAAUUGAAGGACCAAAGAUACUUCUGGCAUUCCUCCACCUGAGUUUUUUAAACAAUCCAUCUCCAAGCAAUUACAAAGAAAAACAGAACACAGAAGGCGGCAGCCCUGGAUUUCAUCUGGAAUUCCUCACUUGCUGCCACAGCAAAAUGUUCAAUUUGCAGUGUUGUACAAUGACCCAGUCCCAGGGAUUAUGGUUAUCCUGCACAAAUCAAUAAAAAGAACUGAAGCAUCUUACCAGAGCCUUUUUUUUCUUAUUGGAAGUAGCUGAUUUAUACAACACAGGACCCCAAGACUGCUUUGUUGCAGACAAUAUACGCAGUUGAGGAAAUUUCUGUUGAUGCAUUUUCUAGCUGUUACAUUCUGGUUUGAUUUUGGAUGCCAUCAACAAAACUGGCUCACUACUAGCUUCAAGUAAUAUUAUUAAUCACCCUCAUGAAAACUACUGUACUUGUUCCCAGCCAGAGUACAAUCCAAUUAUUUUCUGAGACAUGGUCAUAAUGAACUGACAGACUUGUAAAAGAUUCUGAUAUAUGAUAUUUAAAACUUUUUUCCCACAAGGACAGUGUUCUCCCCCCCCCCCCCAAAAUGAACUAAUGUUGGUCUUUUGGUUGUGACAGGAAUUGAUCAAUGGACCAGCUUGUUGCCUGAGCCUGACAUUAUGGGCUGAGAGUGACUGGCCCAAGAUCAGCCAGCUGGCUUUCAUGCCUAAGGCGGGACUAGAAUUCAGAGUUUCCAGCUUUCUAGCCUGGGGCCUUAAUUACUAGACCGAACUGCUUCCAUUUGCUAUUUUCACAAACAUUACUACAAAGAUAAACAUUUGUGUUUUAUGACCAAAGUUGCAUUCUAGAAAUCCACCUAGUUGAUAUGUGUCUCUAGGUCUGAGCAGAGUCCAACAAAUCCCCUAAGAGUUUUAGAAACUCGGGAACCUUAACAUGGAGGCCUAGCAUUCCUAUCCAACCAAAGAGGCACAACUUUGUCCCAAUCUUCAUAUUGUUACUAGUCAGAUUUUGAGCUGUUCUGUGGAACCUUGGCACAUAUACGCAAACACAUUUUAGUCCUUAGGCAAUUUCACUGAUUGGAUUUUUUUUCCCCAAAGCUUUAGUGAGGAAAUUCAUAUUCCGACGGGAAAUCAAAUAUUCAAAGUUGCAAAUACCAGGAUUUUUUUAUAUACCAUAACUGGAUAUUUUUGGGUAAAUGACCAAUGACUGUUAGGGAGUUGGCCACUCUGGGCUUUCUUUGCCCCAGAUUUUCAGGAGCUGGAAUUAACAAUAUAAAGUAGCUUAAGCAAGAUCUACAGGAGUAUCUUAUUUUAUUCCUGUAAAUAAGAAGGGAAUUAGUAAAUCCUCAGGGCAAAAUUGGUACAAGUAGCUAAUUUAACAGACAUUCCACUGAUAGGAAAAGGCUUCUGGUAUAUUAAUGUCAUAUUUUACCGAAGGGAAGCUGACAUAUUUGCUAAUAGAAAUUCUAGCAUUACAAAAAUUUGAAUUAAAUGGUAUUUAUAUAUUUUCUGGCUUUUAUACUUCAUAGCCUUGAACUUUGCCUCUUGCCACUCUGAGAAAUUAUACUGCUCAUCCCAUGUUUAAAUUAAAAAACCCCACACACUGAGUUUUACAUUU